CAAUCCCCGCCCCCAAAGACACAUUUCCUGCGUGGUUUACACUACUGUACAAAUGCUGUAACGAUGGCUUCCGAAUCAACCAGAUUUACUGCGUUGUGUGUUAUCUCCUUGGCUUCGAUCUUCUAUCUGCUGUCACCAGCGCAUGGCGCAUCUUCAUCCCAGCUGGAGGGGAAAAGCCACGGGCAUUCACUUAAAGGAGUAUUCCGUAGCAAAAGAGAGAGUGUGUGUAUAGAUGGGGAGUAUGAGCAUGAAGGGAACCCCUGCUGUCUGUGUGGUGCUGGCCAGUCACUGGUGUGGCACUGCAGUUCUAAAUCACGAGAUGACCGAGUGUGCCAGCCCUGUAAAAGCGGAACGUACCGUAGUACCCCUAAUUACGAGACGACCUGUGAGGUCUGCACAUCCUGCGAUAAACUCAAUGAGAAUAAAGAGGUGGCCGAACGCUGUACCCCUGCCAAGAACACUAAGUGUAAAUGUAAAAAGGGUCACUACUGCGAAACUGAAAUCUGUGUGGUCUGCCAUCCUUGUAAACAG